UCAGAAUUAUUUAAAUUUUAUUUUCUCAUGUUUUAUUUCCCCAGUUGUUUUUAUAUUUCUUCUGCUUGCUUCUUUCCCUCGCGCAGCCCCAACUACCACAGUGGAUCGAUCAGCACGGAUCGCUAAAGGGCGAUAGCAAUUCUUUUAUUGUUCACCCUCAAAGGAGAAGUGUCCUUCUUGAAACUCAAAAUCAUGUGCCAUCAUCCUAUAGAAGGGUAUUACGACAAACACAAACCGGUGAAGUUAAUUGUAAUGCUCCAUGGGAUGGAAGAUGUCCUCCACCUUCCUAUUUUGAUCCUGCACUUGCUGGGGGUAUUACUGGAGGUGCUGGCAUCAAAGCAAGAUUGUCGGGAGUCGGGAGUUCCCGACAAAUGGUUUGGAGAGGAGGAGGAAGAGUCGUGGCACCAGCUAGUGUAUAGUGGCACUAGCACCAGACUGUUGGUAGUGCCAACAGUCGAAGGAAGAGAAGGGCAGUGA